AUGCCUUCAUAUGCCAUCACAGGAGCCUCCAAAGGCAUUGGCCGCGAAUUCGUGCGCCAACUCGCCGCCAACCCAACCAACACAGUCCUGGCGAUUGUGCGAGACCCCGACUCGCCCGACAUAUCUGAGCUCGCCUCGCACCACCCCAACGUGCACAUUAUCCAAGGCGACGUGACGGAUCCAAAGUCCAUUCUCGAGGCUGCCUCGGCCGCCGAAGCCGUCACGGGCGGUCCGCUCGACGUGCUGAUCCACAACUCCAACGCCGUCGAUAUGGCCUCCAUGUCCUCCACCCCGACGCAGAUUCCCUUUGACUCUCGAGCUGUACGGACAAUGUUCGACCUGCCCUUUAGCACGGCUAUCUACGGCGGCCUGUGGACGACAAACGCCUUCCUACCACUGAUCGAGCGGGGAGUCCGGAAGAAGAUCGUGCACAUCUCCAGUGCCAUGGGGGAUUGUGCUUUUAUAAGGAAGUCUGGUGUCAGCGAUGCGGUGGCGUACGCGGUCGCUAAAGCAGGAAUGAAUGUCCAAGUUGCCAAGUACGCGGCAGAACUUGCGCCGAAAGGCAUCAAGGUGGUGGCUUUAAGUCCUGGGUGGGUUGAUACGUGGGAAGGAGAGAAACCAGAGCCGGUAGUACACGCGCAGCAGGUCAUGCUGAAGCAGUUUCAGACAGCCGAGCCUACACUCAAGGGACAGAUCCAGCCGGAGGAGAGUGUGAAAAAGUGUCUCCAGGCUAUCGGACAUCUGGAUAUGGGGUCUAGCGGCUUGCUCCUCAGCCAUAAUGGAGAUACAGAAAGGUGGUUCUAA